CUAAAUGUUUUUAGUUUUCUAAAGUAUUUCUUUGGACUAAAUUUUAUUUAGUAUUGUCUCACUUUACUGGAUGCUUUCCAGCUUUCAAUGUUUUGGGAUUUUGUUUAUAUGGCGCAAGAUGUCUAAGAUGCAUAGAGCAAAAUAAGGGGACUCUAAAUUUGAUUCUUUAAUAAUUUAUUACAGUAUUUUAUUCAACCAUAAUUUAUUUGACUCUGGGCACUGUGCUAGAUGUGUGUGGGAGGCAAAGGAGUGUAGGAGGGGAGAGAUGAUGAUGAAUAAUGCAUGACUCUACCAUGAGGAACUCAUGAUUGAAAUACAUGGUGGAAAUACAUAAAUAGAGAAAUGUGUACUACAACCAGGUGAGUAUUGCUUCAGAGAAAUGAAGAUCGAACAACUGAUAUAGAAGCACAGAAGAUGGAUUGGUUACGUGGCCUUGGAAAAAUCAGGAAAGAUUUCACUCAGGAGAAGAUACUUGAGUUGAUACAGAAAAAUGAACAGAAGUUGGGUUUUGCCAUCAAAGAAAUUGGGUAGAAAGGUAUUUUAUUUUAGCAAGGGGGUAAUAUGAACAAAGACCUGGGUGGUGAAUCAGAUGGGUAUGUAGAAGAAAUCUGGGCUUUAGGAUCAGGAAGAUUUAUGAUUCCACUAUUAGAUCUUUGUUGUGGACAAAUGACCUUACCUGAGCCUUUUUUUGUUUUCCCUCUCUUUUUUGAUAGCUACUUGCAGUUUUGUUUUGAGGGUUAAAUGAGCAAAGGUGUCACUGGCAUGUGUGAUCUCAGCAAAUGCUAACUGCUAGAGUGGUGAUACAUUUAGUUGGGGAGACACUAGGAAUAAGACAUAAGGCUGUUUAUGCCUUAGAAUUCUGUUGCCUUAGAGGCAACAGAAUGCCUCUCCAUUCUAUUCUUUAGCAAGACAUAGGCUUGACAUAGUGAACUAGGAGUAGAGUUUCAGGGAAAAUACCUGUUACUUCUCACCCUUGAGUCCUUCCCACAUGUAUGAUUAAAGCAAGUUUAGCUAGUAAACUAGGCCAUUGGUAUAGGCUCCCCAACAUUACUCCUAAGUCAGGAAGAAAAGAAAAAUGUGGGGUGAGGAAGAAGAGGUGAAAAAAAAAGAGGAUUAAAUAUAAACUUUGAUAAUAUCACUGUUUUGAACUGACAGAUCUGGAAUUGUAAAGCUGGGAGCUGGAGUCCCUGCAGCCCAGUUCUAGGUUCUGGAAAGCAGCAUUUUCUAUGACCCAUGAUCUCAGGUUCAAAUGAAAAAGUGCAAACUCCUAGCAUCAACCAUGUAUUAAUACUAAGGACUUCCCUGGCUAUUGAUAGUCCUCAUUUGUCAAGAAUGAGCCAAAUCCUAUAUGUCUGCAUAUCUGGGAUACAGACAUAAAUCAGGGAUCUGGCUUAAUAAUUUGAAGAGUAUCUUCUCAGGACUACACAUUCUGAUAUUGAAUAAAAAGGGGACAAGGAGUCAAUGCCAGGUUUGAAGUGGCAUAAGAAUUAGCCUCUGUGAAUAAGUUGCACAUUACAGUUAUGGGGGAAUAUUUUCAAAGUAAUUGAGAAACACUAAUCAGUGAAUUGCUUGUUUCUUUCUGCCAAUGGACAACUCAGCAUUUGAAAUGCAUGGAGAUGCACCACAGAAGGGUUUGUCUGUGGAGAAGAUGAACAUUAUCUCCAGAAUGGAAAAGAAGAGACAGUGGUCAUUGGUGAGCAUUUUCCUGCUGUGUCUCCUGGCCUGCACCAUUACCACAGCAGUAGGAGUACUGAUUCUUUCCUUGGUUUAUAUUAACAACUCUCAGCCUCAUUCAGAUGUUUAUUUCAAACCUGAAGCCCAGCCUCUGCAAACAGAAGUUCCCAUGGUGCAAACAGCUGUUGAUCCAAAAUUCCAGUUUCUUAAUCACUUACCUAAAUCCAAGGUGUUUGAGUUUGCUGGUGGUGCAAUCCAGUGGGCCCGGUACAGGAACAAUGUCAAAGACUAUCUCAGCGCUGAAGAAGAGGCCUUUGGCACCAGCUUGAACAGUCAGAGAUCACAGAUGACCCUGGGGACCCUAAGAAUAAAAAGCAAUGGCCUCCGGGCCCCUCACUGGCACUUCAAUGCCAACGAACAUGGCUAUCUUGUACAGGGAACAGCAUGGAUUGGGGUGGUUGAUGAUGGUGGUGAAGUGGUUACCACAUACAAUGUUACAGCUGGCCAAGUGAUCUUCUUCCCUCAAAAUACACUACACUGGAUAAAGAAUGUGGGUAAUGAAGACUGCUUUUUCUUGCUCUUCUUUUCUACACAUGAUGAACUUCAGACCCUGGAUGUUGAUGAUGUAUUUUUUUCUACACCUGAGGACAUUGCUUCCAGGUCACUUAAGCCUGAAGGUGGAAUUGAUUUCAUUAGAACAUUCAGUAAGCAAAAAGAGGAUCAGGGGGUCAAUCUUCCUCCCAACUUGGCAGAACUGGUUAUGAAUGCUAGUUAUGUACAGUCUCCAGACAGCCUUGUGUGGAGAUACUUUUUUGACCUUAAAGGUUCAAAAGAAUUUCAAUUUCCAGGAGGAGUAAUACAACAUGCACAAUAUUGGAAAAAUGGAAGUGAACUAAACAACAAUGAAAAAAUUUUUAGUGAAUUCUUGAAUCAGCAUCAAAAUGCCCUUACUUUGAGUACACUCAGAAUUUAUAACAAUGGAUUACGACAGCCACAUUUUCAUUUUAAUGCAAAUGAAAUGGGAUAUGUGCUAAGUGGAUGUGGAAAGGUGGGCAUUACUAGUACUCAAGGUGCCAUAGAAUUUAAUAUUCACAUUGGAGAUGUGAUAUUUUUCCCCAUUGGAACCCAGCAUUACAUUAAGAGCACAUGUGAUGAAGAUUUGCUUUUCAUCCUUGCCUUCAGCACUGGGGACCAGCUGCAAACCCUUGACAUGGACGAUUAUCUACAGGCCACAGCAGACCAUAUCUUGGCCCAGUUAUUCUUCAAGAAGCAAAGUGAGUUUAAGAAGAUUCCCAAAUUCAAGGAAGACCAGGCAAUUAACCUGCCUUAGAGUUGCUGAUGAGCUCAUAUCUCUUCUUCCUUCUCUGCUUGUCAUUGUUUAAGAAGAACCACUGCCUAAUGAACUUGGAGCUUUUUACAAAGUGGAGAAAAUGAAAAAACAAAUUCAAAGCAGCCCUAUGGGCUUAUUUAGCUGAUAGUUAUUAUAGCUAAUUCAUGCUAAGAGAACAUUUCAGUAUUUGCUAUGUAGAUUAGUAGAUCUAUUGAUAGACCCAAUGAAUUAAAUUAAUAUAUUUUUGUAUGGAUUUUAGUAUUUGUAUAUAUAUUUCUUUAUCUUCCAUUAUUGAAAAUUUAUUACUCCAAAUGUAAAUCCAUUCUUCUUAUGCACAUCAGGAAAACUUAAUACUAUGCAAGCAUUUUUGUUACUUAUCGCUGUGAAAGGAAGUAAAGAAGUCACCUUUGUAUGUACAUACUGAGGCACUGGAACCCUGAUACAUCAAACCUCAUCUGUAGAGUUUAUUGUAGACCCCUAGGCUGGUGAUGCUCAUCCUUUUUUGGCAUGAAUGAAAAUACUUUUUAUAAUGUUUACACUUUCAAAGACUCAUUCAUACUAUAGUAUUUGUAUACUUAUUGAGAAAAUAUUUAAUGAUAAACAGAUUAUGAAUUCAACAUCACCUUUGAAUGUAUUUAAAUUUUAUUAAUCAUACCAUCUUUGAACAUAUUUGACUUUCCUUAAUCACAUCAUCAUCUAUUUAUAUUUGAGAAAUAGUUGUCCUUAUGUUUGAAAAGCAUAUGGUUUAUUUAGUCUACUAAUAAUGCUGGCUGUAUAUAUGGAGAUUCAAGGAUACCUUAUUAUCAUUCUGAAGCUGGUAGUCUCCAAGUUGGGGGUCACUGUCUUACGUGGAAAAGAAUUUGUUUAGAUCUAAUCUGUGCUUGACUUUUGCAAUGUAUUUUAACAGGCAUUUGGUACCCCUGUAGUAUGCUGGGUACUGCCAUCAGUUCUGGGCUAUCCUAUAUAAAAUUUUAAAGUAUAUAUAGCUAGUUUUUAAUGCCUUUGGCCACCACCCUCUUUCAAUCAUUGCCCUGACACCUAAUGAUGAUUUUAAAAAUGUCUCAGGUUGGUUGUUUCUAGCCUACAAAGAAUCUGUAUGUUUGUUCUCUCACUAUGGACUGUAAGUACAGAAUACAGUGAAAAUCAGGAAUGGCUCACUUUUAUCAGAGGAAGGUGGCCACCUCCAUAAUAGACUCUAGAAACAACAAUAAGGUAGCCUCUCUCUGCCCUUGACCAUUUGUUGGUUCAUGUAUUCAUUCAUUCAUUACACAUUUACAAACAAUGACUAUAAGCUAACAUUAUGCUAGAUGUUAGGGAUAUAAAGUCAACUAGUAAAUGAUCUCUGUUCUCAAGGAGUUUACAGCCUAUUGAGGGACAUAGAAAAACAGUGAUACAUUGUGAUAGCACUAUGGUAAAUGUGCUAAGUGUUAUGUAUGCAUAUACACACACUAUAUGUCUACAUACAUACAUAUAUAAAUGAGACACUAAAUCCAGUUAUGGGCACCAGGUGGGGAUGUCAAGAAGGUUUCCUGGAGUAGCUCUAAAUGAAGAUUAAGAGUUAGCCAAAGCAUGAAGAGGAAGGUGGAAAGUGUGUGUGUGUGAUAGCUGCUCCAGGCUGAAGGUUGAAGGAAGCAAUUAUGCCAGGCAUGGGAGUAUGAGAAAGAAGUUCAUUGUGGCUGGAAAGGUGAGACCCCACAGUGAGAGGUGAAGGUGGAGACAUAAGGAGGGAUCAGAUCAGAAGAGACCUGUUAUCCCUUAGAAUCACCUGACUGUGAAUUUACCUUAUUGUCCUUUUCCGGGAGAGCUAGGCAAUAUCAGAGAUUGGUAGCAAUGAGAGGUUUGUGGUGGUGGUGGUGUUUUGAAGAGACUUCAUGGGAAAUAGGUCACAAUCCAGGAGGAGGAAUGUGGUUGAGAAGAUACAGUGAACAGCACAGGGGCAGUGGGUAUAUGGAAGAGGGUGUCCAAAUAGAUUAAAAAAAAUCAUAAAAGGUAAAUGGCAAUGUUAUGUAGAUAGAUUUUUAUCUACAAAUUUUGUUUUACUUUGUUUUUUAAAAAUAUACUAUAAACCAGCUCAUAAUCCGUUUUCCUGUAUUAGGAUGUAUUGUGUCAGAUUGCUGU